CCAAUGACAACAGUCGUCUUGACGAUCUUUCGAGGGAGAAGACAUCAUGGCGGAAAAUUUCUAAUAUAAAUCUCUCCCCAGUUUAACAAGAUGGCUAGUGCUUCAACGGAGAAAAUAAAGGCAUUGUUUGAAGAUCUUGGUAAACCAACAUUGCGUGGUGUCAGAAAAUGUCCUAAAUGUGGGACAUACAAUGGAACGAGGGGAAUAAGUUGCAAAAAUAAAGCAUGUAAUGUUGUCUUUAAAGAAAAAGAAAAAAAGAGAGGCCAUAGUGCAGAUGCUGUAAAAAUCAUAACUGGUUCAACAGGACAAGUUUUUUCAGUUAGAUUAAGAGACCGUGGUCCAGACUAUCGAGGAUUUGUUCAGCUUCCACUUGUACAGGAUUUAGAUGGUAAUCCAGCCCCAGUUGUUGACCCAGCAAUUCUGUACCAGGCUGCAAGGUGUUUUGUUGACAGCUGUACUCGUAGUUCUCAACAAGGAAUACAGGAACAACCAUGUCCUCACAUCAAAUCAGCUGUUGAAUGCACAAGUGAGGCAACACCUCUGACAUUGAAAAACUCUGUUCUUAACACGCUGCAGGUCCCAAAUGAAAUCAAACAGGCAAUCUGGUUAUUGGCUACAGAGACUACUGGGCCCCUUGUUCAAAGGGUUACUAAAAACAUAAUGGUUGUCAAGUGUAAACCUAAUUCCAAACAGCCAUUAGGAUUUUUACACUUUUCCUUGUUUGAAACAACAAGAAAUAGGUCUUCACCAGAACACAAGUUUCAUUGUUCUUGUAAGGCCUUUAAGUACUCUAAACCUGGUGCUGUAAAUGACUCACAGAAAAGAUGUGUACACUUUUAUGCCUGUAUAUGUGCAUUUGCUAGUGACGAAAAGCUUAGUGAGGAGUUUUCUUAUUAUAUUAACUUGGACAGCCAAGAAGAAGUCCAGCAGGAGUCACCUGAAAGACAAAUCGUUACCAUAUACCAAGCACAGGAUACAGGGUUGGACACUGGUGAUCCUACAACACUGGAGGUUGUUGUCACAGAGGAUGAGUUGUUAGAACCUCCUGGCAAAAAACAGAGGAAGGAUGACCAGUUAGUCCAGGCCAGUAAUGCUCUUUUGACACUGCAGGAAGGAAAUGCAAUACAGAGUCCACCUAGUCCUCGUAAAAUAAGUCCUCAGAAAACACAGACUAAAUCUAUCACUCCAAAUAAUAAAAAAGUCCCAGUUCAACAGAUAGAUGAAAGUCAGAUAACUAUUUCAUUUCAUCAGUGGUUAGCUAGUGUUACAGAAAGAAUUAAUCAGACCAUGCAUUAUCAGUUUGAUGGCAAUCCAGAUCCUCUAGUCUUUCAUGCUCCACAAGUGUUCUUUGAAUGUCUUCAGCAACGCAUAUCUUCAGGGAGUAAAAAGAAGAGACUGCCAAACUUUACGACAGGCUUUGUUAGGAAAGAUGCAUUGCCGUUGGGAAUGUUUACCAAAUACACAUGGCAUAUUACAAAUUUGUUUCAAGUUAAAAUGAUAUUUGAUACCCCAGAGAUGUCUCUGGAUAUUACGAGAAACUUUGUAGAAAACAGAGAUGGAACUUACGACUUGUAUGAAGUGCCAAAGGUUGAUGUAGAGAAUGUUGAAGAUGGUAAAGCUAACAAGCAAAUGCCUAUCAGACCAUUUGAAUUGAAAACUUAUCUUAAAGUUGGUGCUGAAUCGCCAGACCAAAAAGAACCAACACCUUUUAUUAUUGAAUGGAUACCUGAUAUUCUACCAAAAUCUAGAAUUGGGGAAUUACGUAUCAAGUUUGAAUAUGGACAUCAGAGAAAUGGCCUGGUAGAACAUCGAAUGAUUCCACAAGAGAUACCAUUACAAACCAUCCAUGUUCAAGAAUUUAAUUAGACUAUCUACAUGUAUAAUUGGUUUUGGUUAUGGAAAAUAAGCUUUAUAGCUUAGAUAUGAGUUCUGUCAGUAUCAACUUUUAUCAUAUGGAUAAUUUUCAGUGUUUUUAAACAAAGCAAUGCUAUCAAGUUAUUUAGUAAAUAGUAUUUUAAGCUUAAAACAUGAAAAAGUGACAUGAACAUAUAGAGCAGACUGCCCAAUGAAAAAUUUGUCAGUAACUUAUUUUGAAUCUGUAUUGGGUUGUGAUGGAUGGUCUCCAUAGACCAGUUUGAUAGCAUCAUGGUAAAAUGGCUUCUUUGGUAUUAAAUAACAUCAUACCAAAAUUACAUGCAACUGUCAUGGUAACAUGCUAAAAACAAGUUGUGAAAGGCAAAGUGCUGCAUAUUCAUGUAAAAAAUUAACAAAAAUAAAACUUUGAAUUUUUUGGGAAAAUAUCUAGUUUUUCACCUUUUAGCAGAUUGAGCAUGCAUUUGUAUAAUUACUGUUGGAAAUAUUGAGCACUGAAUAAGAAUGUUACUACAAAAAUUCUUAAAAAUGAAAUAGGUUUUUAAUAUUGAAUAAGAUUGAAACAUCAUAGUGUUUGUUGUCAUACAUAACAUAAUUGCUACAAAGGAAUUGAAUUAUGGCAGUAUUAAUGCUGAUAUAAAAUACCAUAUGUAUAGUUAACUGUUACCAUUAUCCCACACCACUGUAAUAUAUUUGCACUGCUGGCAAAAUAUUAUGAAGAGAAGAACUUUAAUAACACAGCAGUAAUUAUUAAAAGUUACAAUGGUUCUGUUUAAUAGAAAAAAAAGUUAUUGUAAUAAAUGAAUUAUGCAUAAUGAAUUAUACAUAUUUUGGAGACUACAAGUAUCAGAACUGGUUCAAAACAUAUUUUGUCAAUUUAAUAUCAUUUGUGCUUAUAUCAACAAUGUACAAUGGUAUGAGAUGAAGAAAAUUCAUGUAAAUAUAUGUUCUGUUGAAUUAUUUGACCCAUAUUAGGUCGUUACAGUAUGAAAUAUUGUUUGUGAAUGCUAUGUGUGGCUGCAAGAAGUACCUGUAUGUGUAAUUGACAAAGAAAGACAAUAAUUUAUUUUAGGCAUUUGUGAUGUCCUGUCUUGCACAUUAACGGGAUAUAUAUUUUGAUUAUGUGUUAUGUUGUUAAAUAAAUUAAAAAUACUCA